AUCCUUUAUCGGGGGAAACCCGGAAGAGGAUUAGGGAGCGAAGGUUACACAGAGCAGCGUUAUGGCGAUCGUCUUCUGAAGCAAUGUAGACAAAAGUACACCCAUGUUGAUCUACAGAGGCGCAAAGUGGUCUCACUCGUGACGGACCGACCAUUUCGCACGCACCCCUUCAUGUUAGUGAAAGUCCGUCCAUGUUCUUUUCCAAUAUUUUGCGUUGUUGCAUUGAGACGUAAAUACUCAGCUGUAUUUUAAAUACUUCAUAAUCUUUAUCGCCUGCGAGAGACAUGGGGAAUGGAAUGAACAAGGACAAUGACCCAACACACCUCCAGGCUGUGUAAGGGCUAUUUGACCAAGAAGGAGAGUGAUGGAGUGCUGCAUCAGAUGACUGUUUCUGUAUGAUAUGUUGGAUAAAGGAAUAAAGACAGACACCAAUGUCAAGUUCAAUAGCCUUGUUUGUGCACUGUACAAAUCCCUACACGUGGAGUCCCGGGAACAGUCCAGCUAGUCAAAUACCUAUCAAAUAGACUCCGUAACAUCAUCCUUUUCAGUCAAGUGCAAACAUAAAGGCAUAACAUUAAGUUCUUAACAGUCAAGUCAUAACAAUUGAAAAAGCAUGACAUUUUAUUUUUACUUCAGUUGUCAUCUUCCUUUUACAUUUAUUUUAUUUUAUUUUAUUAUUAACAGAGGACAAGUUAAGUCUCUUGCUUACAGAGUAAGCCUGUCCGGUGGCUUGCACAGCCGACCCACCCGUGAGUAAGUGUGGGCUCUGACAGGGGUAGGAUUAGGGGCACGAGCUGGAGAGCUUGGUGAGGUAGAAGCCUCACCUUCAGUUGGCCCAUGUCUCAAUUCUGCGCCCCUUACCCUUCGGCCUGGACUGUGAUCCAGCUCAUCUAGGUUGUUGAUGGGCUCUACCUGGGAAAUAUCAGAGACUCUGAGAACAGAGAAAGUUUGUCCCAGAACAACAUCACCCACAUCCUGUCUGUGUAUAACAAUGCUAAACCCGUGCUGGAGGACAUGACCUACCUGUGUAUACACGCAGCUGAUGCGUCUAGCCAGAACCUGUCACAGCAUUUCAAAGAGAGCAUCAGGUUCAUCCACGAAUGUCGUCUAAAUGGAGGGGCCUGUCUGGUGCACUGCCUGGCCGGUGUGUCCCGUAGUACUACCAUGGUGGUGGCCUACCUGAUGACCGUCACCACCUACAGCUGGGAGGAGUGUCUGUCGGCUGUCAAGGCCGUGCGUUCCUUCGUAGGCCCGAACUAUGGCUUCCAACAGCAACUACAGGAGUACCAGAUGAACCAAGUCACAGAGCCACCCACCACUCCAUCCAACACCUGUCUACCAGAAGCCCAUGAUGUGAUGUUCAACACCUGUCUACCAGAAGCCCAUGAUGUGAUGUUCAACACCUGUCUACCAGAAGCCCAUGAUGUGCUGUUCAACACCUGUCUACCAGAAGCCCAUGAUGUGCUGUUCAACACCUGUCUACCAGAAGCCCAUGAUGUGAUGUUCAACACCUGUCUACCAGAAGCCCAUGAUGUGCUGUUCAACACCUGUCUACCAGAAGCCCAUGAUGUGCUGUUCAACACCUGUCUACCAGAAGCCCAUGAUGUGCUGUUCAACACCUGUCUACCAGAAGCCCAUGAUGUGAUGUUCAACACCUGUCUACCAGAAGCCCAUGAUGUGAUGUUCAACACCUGUCUACCAGAAGCCCAUGAUGUGAUGUUCAACACCUGUCUACCAGAAGCCCAUGAUGAGCUAUUCAACACCUGUCUACCAGAAGCCCAGCGGUGUGGAACACAUCUAAGCUGCAUAACCUUGAUUAGUGAACACACAGGUGCCAAAAGUACCGGGCGUGGCUGCGGGCCAGUUUCCGCCCCAGUCCCUUUAAGGACCAGGAGCAGGUGGGAGUGCUGCUGAACCAGUACAUAGAGCAGCAGCAGCAGGAGAACCAGAGGAGAGGAGGGGACCAGGGCUGGAUGAACCAGGCCUCCAGUGUCUACCCUCUACCCUACAAUGCCUACAACGGCUCUGGGGGCAACAGAUGAGCCAAGGGGCCUCGAGUCUCCCUGGUCCCACCAACCUCCAGCUCAGGCCUGCCUGGAGAGUGACACAAUGGCCCAGUCCCAAAAUCACCCCUAGGCACUUAGAUCUGAAAGGAUCGGAUGGGUGUAAGUAGGGCCAGGGGUUUCUCUUGACCAAGACAUUCUCCAGACCCUAGUCCUAAGCAAUAUGGGAAUAGCUCCACCCUGCCCUCUGAUAGACUAGGUGGAAUUGUCACCCUAUUGCCUGUAACUAUUUACUACUUACAGGUCCCAAGUGCAUAGGGGUAUUUUGGGGGCAUUGGCUAACUGACUCUCUCACCACUGCACUACCUCCCAUGUCCCUUGUCACCUUCACCACUGAACUGACCUUAGUGCAGCCUGAUCAGGAGCUCUGAUGCUCACUGAAGCCUUAGUCCAAACACCUCCACACCUCAACACCUUGACCUUACAGCCACAUACUACCAUGAGGCUUCACCUGUCCUAUAACCUCGCCUCAACUCAUCUCUAAACCCAACGGAUCAACUUUUAAGGCCAAACAGAUAAAGAAUUGUAGGACUAGCUGUUUUUUUUCGUAAUCAUCUGCCUAAGACCUACAACUAGGACCUGGUUAGGUCACAUGAUCAGGAAAAAGUCCUACACCUAACAUUACAUUAUAAUAAAUUAUUAUUAAUAUGUUUAUCAAUAUGUUAUUACAUGGUACCAUGAUUACAUCAUGUUAAAUGCAGUCCGCUGGUUAGAUGGAAGAUCUGAUUGGUGUUGAGGGUUGAAUGGACAUAUGAAUGAACAUAAGAUGCUCUCCGCCCUAAUUUAAACUGAUCCAGCUACUGUAUAGCUGCAUGUGAUAAAGCUUUAUAUAACAGCAGCUUUGCCAUAGAAAAUGAAUGCCUCGUUCCAGCUAGUAAAAUGAAGGAUCAUCACAGCCCAAAGUCAUAAUAUGGGGUCUUCCUAAAAUCUACCGUAAAUCUUCUUUGGAAAUUUGCUUAUCAAUUUAUCGUAAGUUAUAAAUAUAAUUGUAUUUUUAGGGAAUUUUUAAGAUCUUUGUUAAAUGUUUAGUGGUACAAAUUCUGUUGUAUCAUAGUGCAUGUAUCUGCUUUAUUAAUAUUCAAAUGUACACUUUCAUUGUUUGCCAAGAAAUAUAUGCUAAUAAAUAUUAUUAUGAAGCCAAA